GGGUGCACUAGGAUACAGGUUGGGAAAGACAACCACAUUCCUACACUAAAAACUAAUACUAAUUGUAAGUUUUUUGGUUGCUCUAAGGAUACCUUUACAGUUCAACUUUUUUGCCCAAAGUUUCCGGUAACCUCUAACGUUUGUGACAAAUACAGAGCCAGGAUUACAAUCGUUACAAGGCUGGUCUUGGAAUUUGACAGUGAGAUGGAGUUGUCGGAUAUUUCGUUCCCUGUCACCUCUGCUGAUGACUUUUAUGACGACCCAUGCUUCAACACCAGCGACAUGCAUUUCUUCGAGGACCUGGACCCCCGGUUGGUCCACGUGGGACUCCUCAAGCCAGACGACCACCAUUACAACGAAGACGAGCACAUCAGGGCACCGAGCGGGCACCACCAAGCUGGGAGGUGCCUCCUCUGGGCAUGUAAAGCUUGCAAGAGGAAAACCACAAACUCUGACCGGAGGAAGGCUGCUACGAUGCGGGAGAGGAGGAGGCUGGGAAAGGUCAACGACGCCUUCGAGAACCUGAAGAGAUGCACGUCGAACAACCCCAAUCAGAGGCUUCCCAAGGUGGAGAUCUUAAGAAAUGCAAUCAGCUACAUCGAGUCUCUGCAAUCUCUGCUCAGGGGCCAGGACGGCGAGAACUACUACCCGGUGUUGGAACACUAUAGCGGGGAUUCUGAUGCAUCCAGUCCACAGUCCAACUGCUCUGAUGGAAUGAUGGACUAUAAUGCCCCAACGCGCACGUCCGCAAGACGAAGCAACUAUGACAGCUCUUAUUUCGCCGAGACUCCAAAUGCUGAUUCCAGAAGCAACAAGAACGCAGCAGUCAUUUCCAGCCUGGAUUGUCUUUCCAACAUCGUGGAGAGAAUCUCUACAGACACGUCUGCGUGCACUGUGUUAUCAGGCCAGGAGGGUUCCGAGGGUAGCCCCUGUUCUCCACAAGAGGGAUCUAUCCUGAGCGAAACGGGGGUACCCGUGCCGUCACCGACCAACUGCCCACAGCCGUCCCAUGACCCCAUCUACCAAGUGCUAUGAACACAGUGAUAGUAUGGCUACAGUUAUGAAAACGAAUCGAUUCCUGUAAAUUGUAGAAAACAACAAACGGACAGAGUUGCAGAAUGUUGCUGUGGUAGAAUAAUGUGAUGAUGGCAAAGCUGUCAUUCCUUCUAAUAGAAAGGUUUCAAUUCCUUGAAGAUCAAUCAUUGGCUUCCCAUUGGUCACGUUUUAUGAGAUAUCCUUUCCGACUUAUUUAUGUAGGCCUAAGUGUAAUCGUAAAUGAAAUAUUUGACCACUUUCUUAGACUUGUGUGUGUGUGUCAUCGUCAUCUUUUGUUCUUUCCUUGCGAUUUUUAUUGUUUAUGACAAUAGAGGACCAUAUUUGUAUAUGUGUAAAUAAGAGGUGAUUUUUUUUUUUAUAAACAAAAAAAAGUGUUUUAUGUAUUUAAUGUAGGCUGAGGCGCUUGGUUUGUUUGUUGUGAGAAAUGUUUAACUUUAUAUUUAUACAUCUUAAAAUGAGUGAAAUGCUUUCGAUGUUAUUAUAAAUAAAUUACUAUGACUAUUUAUACAAA